ACAAGAUUAACUCCAGAAUUCACAUUCAAGUUUAUAUUGCUUCAUUUCCCUAGACCCGACUGAUCUUUCUGAGUUUCUACUCGUUCACUGCAAUUAAGUAUAGGAGUAAUUACCCUCAGUUCAAGCUUUCGCACAUUCCGAAACCAUGAAUACAUACUGCGGAGCGCUCUUUGUUUUAGUUGCAAUGGUUGCAAGUGCUCAAGCCAACAUUCCCUGGGGGCAGACCUUUUCCGGCACGAAGUUGACCUAUUACGAUGACGCCGGAUACGGAGCGUGUGGCACACAAAUCAAUGCUGCCUCGCAGAACCUGGUAGCCAUCAGUCACCAGUGGUACACUUCCGCCAAUCCCAACGUUGACCCCUUCUGCACCAACAACGUCUGCGUCCGCGUCACAUACAACGGCAAAUCCAUCACGGUGCCGGUCAAGGACAAAUGCCCCAGCUGUUCCAAAACCCACUUGGAUCUGUCCAAAACUGCUUUCCAGCAGUUUGCCCCUACCUCUGUUGGUGUUCUGCAAGGAGCCACCUACUCCUUUGUUAAAUGCUAAAUUAAAAGCACAAAUUUUGAUGUUACUUAACACAUACGCGAUAUACGCUUCAAAGUCUUUCCAGUUGUUACGUUUGAAUUAUGUAUGUAUCUGUGAUUCUUUUUAUUUGCGCAUCUGUUUAGCAUAACAAACAUAAAAAUUGAAGCAACGACAGACUUGUAA